GCAGUGUCACGCUGGCUUCCGUGGAGUGCACACGGCUGCCUCCGCAUCGUCUAUCCCUAUCCCUCCCAUCCUCCUCUACCGAAGUCUGUAUCACCGCUGUAUCAUUGCUGCGCAGCCCGAUCCUCACCUGCCUUGUGGUAUUUGUGUGUAUCACCCGGACCAGGCGCGGCCGUUGUAACAGGGGUGGCAGUGGGCGCCGUGAUGAGCCAGUCAUGAUUUGCCAAAAUUGAAAGAAUGAUACAGUUGGGCGGCCCGCAGAUAGUAAAGUGCUCUUAGUCCGGUGGAGACUGAGAUGCUCGCCGAUAAUCCAGCGAACGGCGGUGUUCUGGCUGCGAGUGCUCUUGUGCUAAGUUAAAAGUUAAGUUGAAAUACAGCGAGUGCGGAACGGCGAAGCGCGUGGUGGCGUGAAGAGCGAGAGUGGCCGGAUGUAGUGUGUCUCGCCAUUCAAGUGUGGUGGUGUGUGGUGACUUCGCUGGUGAUCAAGGGAAAAGUUGGCGCUGUGAUAGUAGUGGUGGUGCUGCCGAGUGGCGACUGGGUACGCCCCUCCCAACACGCCGUCUAGAGGGGAAACAAGCAGAGCAACUCGUUCUUUGUUUACCCCGGCCGAAUCCUGCUAAGCAACAGAUACCUAAGCUUCCCCGUGGCCUAAGGACGCCUGGCCAGACGUCCUCACACACAUCUCGUGGUUUAUUAACGAGACAUCAGUUGGUAGGACGUGAAUGGAACGCUGUGUGGUGCACACGAGGCCGGUGUGCGAGAGACAGAGAACAAGUGGAGUAUUGACUGGAGCUCCAGCUGACAGGAGCGCCGCGCCACAAGGACCAGAUACUGUGAUGGCUGUUGGUGGAUAGACUAGACCCGCCAGCAGGGCGACCUGCAAAACCCACGCCCACUUUGUGUACGCCCACCUUCCCUCCUGACGCCCCCAAUCUCCCUACCAAGUGUUGUGCUCAGAACCCAUGAUCCAAAGUUCCGUGUUCUCAAAGUGAAGCAGAAAAAUGAAUAGUGAUUUAUAGUGAAUUAUAUGUGUUUGGAACUGACGAAGCCCCGUGAGAAAGUGUCGCGUUGUGCCGGGCUCUCGAGGCCUUGUGUGAGUGACCGGUGGUUGUGAAUGUUGGUUGUGCACGGGCGCGCGACGAGCGAGGGGAGCACACGGGCGGGGCAGUGUUCUAGCCGCCCACGGGUGGAGUGCGAGGAGGCGUGCGUGACGGGUCGUGGGCGUGAGAGGUUGCUUUUCUCGAAGCCCUAGCUAUGCUCUCUGCGCCCGCCCCUUGAGCAGGCAUGGGUGGGUCACCAGCUGUGCUCCUGCUUACAUGAUGGGUAUAUUGGGCGUGUGAGAAAUUGGGCUGACGCGGGCGUGAGGGCCCCGUGGUGUGGGUGGGCAUGGCUCGGCGGGGCGGCGACGCGGCCAAGCAGGUGGUGGUGUCUGUGGUGGGCGUGUCGGGCGGCGAGAGGGAGAAGGGCGUGACGGGCCUGGGCAAGUCGUGCUUGUGCAAUCGCUUCACCAAGCACCAGGCCGACCAGUACUACGUGGACCACAUCUCCGUUCUCUCGCAGACGGACUUCAGUGGUCGUGUGGUGAACAAUGACCACUUCUUGUACUGGGGUGAAGUGACCCGCACGGCUGACGAUGGCAUCGAAUUCAGCUUCCAGGUCAUUGAACAAACAGAGUUCAUUGAUGAUGCGUCGUUCAUGCCUUUUAAAGCUGGGAAAAUGGACCCAUACAUCAAGAGAUGUUGUGCUACAAAGAUACAGUCAGCAGAGAAACUUAUGUACAUUUGCAAGAACCAGCUAGGCAUAGAGAAGGAAUAUGAACAGAGAGUUUUGCCUGAUGGCAAGCUCAAUGUAGAUGGGUUCCUUUGUGUGUUUGAUGUCUCCCAGGUUCCUAAUCGCUCUUUAGAGCGGCAAGUAGAGAUGACUGCAAGUAUUUUAAACAACUGUCUCAAGACUAAAAGACCAGUUGUUCUCGUUACCACAAAAAAUGACGAGGCUAAUGAGGUGUAUGUGAAAGAGGCAGAAAAGCUAGCAAGCAGGAAAGAAUUUAAGGGGAAUAUCCCUCUUGUAGAAACUUCAUCACAUGAAAAUGUCAAUGUAGACACUGCGUUUAUGACAUUAGCACAUUUGGUAGACAGAAAUCGAGGACGAAUUCGUAUUGUUCCCUUCUAUGAGGCAGCCAGACAUAGAAAGGAAAUUCUAGAUUUGGCGACAGAUGCCUUCCAAAGAUUAGUGCGCACUCAUGUUCUGGACUACCGGUCUGUAUGGGCCUCAACUAGUAAAAAACUUGCUCAAAGCCCUGAUUUUGUACACUAUGUGGACCUCUUUGGUAUGGACCAAGCGGCCAAACUGUUCCGUCGACACGUCAAGAAGCUCAAAGACGAAUACCUCCAGAGAAAAGUGGAGGCGUACAUGGACAUGCUGCCAUCCAUCCUGCGAGAAUUCUUCCCAGAUCUACAAAGUUUGGAGGACGGACUUUGCCAUGCUUUUUUCCACAGGGAUUGGUUAAGUAUACAGCAGAGGAUAAGUGAACACCCGGACUUUGACCGCUAUUUCCUCCGCUGCAACAAAGAUAUCCCUUGGUCGGAAAACACUGACCUUUUAGAUUCAGCUGACACGCGUAUUCCCUUCGAUGUUCUCGACUCCAAUGAAGCAGAGACGGUGUUCAAGAAUCAUGUCAAUGCACUACAAGCAGAGUUAGAGAUGAGAGAGAUGCGAGACAAAUUCAAGAUUCUUCUGAUGGAGACUGGAUAUGUUACGCCAGGCAAGAGGCUUGAUGAAGUGCGUGUCCUGUUUAUGGGUAGAGAAAGCUUUGACUCCCUAUCAGAACACGAUAGACAAUUUAUUUAUGAACAACACCAAAAGGACAUUACUGAAAAAGCAAGACAAAAUUUCCAUGAGUUGUUAUUAGAGCAGGCUGAACUUUUUUACCAUGUGAAAAGUCUUGCACCUACGGGCACUAUUACUCAAGAAGACAUUCGUGAAAUUACUCAAACAUUACAAGAAGACAGCAGAUACAAAGCUUUAGACAGGUUAGAGAGUGAGAGAACUUUACUGCUACUCCAACAUCUAGGUUUUGUCCAUUGUCCGAAAAAAGAACAUUGUCCAUCCUUCCCGAACUGUAUGGACUGCCUCAUUGAGAAGAUUAUUGCCAACAAAGCUGCCAGUAAUAGUCGUCCAGGUUCAGGUACAUGGAGUGGGAAGAAUCUGGAUUAUGGAGUACGGAUGGAUUCUCAAGUGAAUUUGGUUCUUCUUGGCAACCACGGCCUAGCAGAAGACCUUCAGAAUGUUAUUCGGUCUGUUUGUGAAGAUGAUGAAUUUGAACUCGACAAUCAGAUCUUCUCCUUAGACUACCGCAGCAUAGAUGGGGAUGUUUCACUGCCACAAAACUCCUUCAAGACCCCAGAAUUCUCUCCACAUGGUGUUGUAUGUGCAUACAGUAAUGAGGCAUCAUUGGAGUAUGUUAGAGAAUCAUUAGAAAAGUCACUCUUAACACAACUGGAAAGUGAGGAAUCCACUCCAACUCCUCCCAUCACCGUCCUAUUUGCUCCUGACCCGGACCUGGACCAUAAUGCAGCACAGCACCUGCAUGACGAGGGAGCAAAGUUGGCUGACAGUCCCCCUGGCAGCUUGCAAUGCACUUUCCUGGACGUUGGUCUGAGUGUUGGGGGUGGCGAAGGGCGGAGGUUCGACAGCAGUUUGGUCACGAAGGCGCUGCGCUCCUUAAUCACCAGUAUACAGCAUCGCAAUCACUCCCUCAAUAUCUUCAAUUCUGCAACAUUACCCAGAGAUUCACAACCAGAUAUCAGAAUCAUAAUGUGCAUGUUAUGUGGAGACCCUUACUCAGUGGAGAAUGUGUUGAGCCCACUGCUGAGUCACCAGUGGUGUAUUGUAACUGGCGAUCAAUCCAUCUCACUACAAACAUUCCUAGAUGACUGCAAGCGUCGUGUGGAGGUAAUAGUGUCGUCCUACCAUGGUGCCAAUGCUUUCCGCGAAGAGUUGGUUCAUGGUUUCAUCCUUGUGUACUCCACCAAGCGCAAGGCUUCACUAGCUACACUCAGGGCAUUUUCUGCAAACAUUCCCAAUCUUCCUAUCCAGAUUCUGGCAAUGACGGACACGAGCAGUGCUUCUGCAUUUUUUGGAUCUGAUAUUUCGCAACAACUGAUUACUGAGGGUAAUGCCAUAGCUGACAGACUACAGGCACAUUUUAUGACAUCUACUGCAACUUGUCAGCAAAAGACUGCUUUCUACACACCAUUCUUCAAGGAGGUGUGGGACAAGAAACCAGAAAUUGAGCAGGCCUUCAACAUGGAGGAUCCCUCUGGCCUUGAUGACUCUGGGGAAGGCACGCUGGAGCGCCCACCCCAUCACCACCACAGGAGCAUCACGCUGCCACCACCAAGACGAAGCCUCCCACCCAGAUCCCAGUCUGCGGAAGGGUGGGUCGAGAGCAGUUCAGAGAUCUACGAGACUGUGCCAACAGAUGUUUCUUUAGGGGACGACCUGGAUGAGCCUCUAUCACCAGUAUUCCCAGAUGACCAGCCUCUCACACCUUCGGAUGACUCGGAUAUCUAUUCCCACAUUGAUAAUGACGAAGAGGAACACCUCAUGAAACCCUCGCAACUCAAGAAGCAUCAGAGAUUUCAGCAAGAAUUAUUCCGUCAAUCAUAUCCGAGCACAGAAUCUCUGCCCACAACUGUGUCUUCCCGCUCCAAGGUUUCCACCCAACCCUCUGACCUGGAGCCCACGUACCCCCCCUUGCCACCAUACCCACCCCUACCUCCUUCGGCAUCUCCACCACCUUAUAGUUAUGUCACACGUGACCACUCCUUCGACGGUGGGAGUGGGGGACAGUACAACCAACGGGAUGGGGCUGCAUCCCCAUCCCAGCGUGACCGUCCCCCUCCCCCAUAUUCUUUUGCUCCACGCACCUUACCCCAUGACAUGAAUAAACCCCAGCCCGCCCCUAGACACCAGUUCUUUAAGGCAGAGAGUUUGACGCUAGACCAUGGGGCCUCUGACCGAGACUACCUCAUGAUACGAGAACGUGUGGACAGGGCGGACCUGAGUGGAUCGCGCGACUCCCUCACCACACGCGAUUCAGGCUGGGUGGAUGAAAGUGUAUGCUCCCGGCGGCAUGAGGACUUCUGGGGUGAAGGCUACGGACCCCAGUCCUUUACCACUGGCCGACGUGGCAAACUCCCCCCACCUCCAACCAAGCCACGACCCAAGGCCAGCCAGACCCUCAAAACGUUCCAGACGCUGAGUGAGGCAGUAUGUCAGGUCACGAACAAGCAACCUGGCAAACUAAACCUUAAGGCCUAUAGCAACGUGACUGACGCAAUUGGCAAAAUAAACCUCAAAGAUGCGGGCCUACACUCUAAACUAACCAAAGUGGGGUCAGUGCACGCGCCCCUUGCCACCCCUGAGAAUAUGGACCUAGGCCCUGAUUACGCCGCUCAGGUCAAGGAUGCUGUGCCAGGCCUGUACUACGAGGCGGGAGACUAUGGCUAUUCCCGAGUGCAAGAAAUACCACAGGCUGUCAGCACCAAAACUCGAAGACAGCGUAGGGAGAAGGGGCGGCAAGCGUACUCGGACUCAGACUCCGAAUGGAGUUCCCUUGAGCGGCGGCGUAGUACAGAUUCCUACAAAGUCAACCGCAAAGCCGUGCCCAAGAGGAUGAAAAAGAAGCGCCUCCCGAUACCCGUAGCUGCCCCCCGUGUGCCCCCCCUUCCCUCCUUCUAUGUUGCCGAGGGAGGACCAGGCACUCGCUAUUCGGAUGAGAGGCUAUUGCUCGACCCCUGUGAGAAAGGUAUCAGAGUGGUGAGUGGGUCAGCUUCGGAUGAUUCUGACGCCACAGACAGAGAGGACCCGGCUGCCGCGCGCUCCAAAUAUAAACCUCAGAAACGCUCAUUUCAAUUUAAAAAGAAGACGGGAGGCAGGGAAGGCGUGGCAGUGCGCCCCCCAGUGGUUCCCCCACUGCCCCCCACACACCCACCGCCCCACCCUCCUACCUCCCACCCACGCAUGGGGCUGGCUGCCACCCCCCACCACAACCCCCUCUCGUACCCAAUGGCCGCCCAGCUUCCCCCAGACACCGACUUAUUCUCCCCCUCAUUUGCCCCAGGCAAGCUAGAGGGUGACCACAUGUACCGCGUAAUCCCUGAGGAUGACUCCAGCUUAGAGGUGUCUUCCCCAAGGGACCAACAAUCUCCGAUCCUCCCCCCUGGAGCACCCCAGCGCAAGGAGACGGACAAAACAGCGCGUCGGAAGCAAGAGAAGUUGCGUUCGCGUGAAGAAGCAAGGCAACGUGAAGAAGAGCGUAAACGUGCCAAGGACGAAGAGAAGUUGAAGAAAGCAGCGGAGAAAGAGAAGGAAAGAGAGAAGAAGAAAGCAGCAAAGGGGUCCUCCAAGAGUGCAGCCAAGGGACCUCCUCAGCCAACCCUGGAGGACUUUGUCCAGAAUGCAGAGCGACCGGUGCCACUCUUCCUUGAGAAGUGUGUGUCAUUUAUAGAAGUUGAGGGACUCGAUUCUGAGGGAAUUUAUCGUGUUCCUGGCAACAAGGUCCAUGUGGAGCAGCUCACCACAAAGUUCAAAGAAGACAGCAGCGUGAACUUUGCUGAGCUAGACAUUCCAGUAAAUGCUGCUGCUACAGCACUGAAAGACUACCUGAAACAGUUGCCACCAUUACUGCCACAGAACCAGCUCCUUGAGCUGACCACAAUUGCUAGUACAGGCAUUGGUGACCGCAGCCUAAGACUUUUGAGGCUGAAGGAGAUGCUAACAGGCCUCCCUUCAGUCAACUUCGAGGUUUUGAAGUUCAUUUUCCAGCACUUUGUCAGAGUUGCUGAAAACUGUAAAUUGAACUCCAUGGAUAGUAAAAACCUUGCCAUCUGCUGGUGGCCAACAUUGUUACACACACUGCAGUUUACAGACAUCAGUGAAUUUGAAUCUCAGCGUCCGCACAUCGAAGAUAUAAUUCAAACUAUGAUUGACCAAUUUCCUUUCCUAUUCCAAGGAAAAGAGGAUUAUGUCAUGGUCUGAUAUUAACCAGCGUUUUCCUGGUAAACAUAACUUCAUUUGUUUACAUUCAGCUGUGCUUUGGUCUGACAAAUCAAAGUGUGGCUCUUGAUAAACAAAAAAGGUUAUGUUUAGCAUGAAAACUUGACCCUAACUCCCCGCAGCCUCUGUUGCUGCAUGUCAUUUUCCCAUGAGCCAGGAGUGGUAGUGCCACAUUUGCCUCUGUGUGGCAUUUUCUGAUCACCAUGGCUCCUUCUGGUUGCUAACUUAGACGCUAACAGCCACAACUUGAUGGGGCAAUGCUUCAUGACAACAGAAACCUGGGUACUUAUCCCACAGUGGCAAGUGUAAUGAACUACAUGCCACUGUGGCAGUGUUAGGAGCAUGAAGUCAAUGUUGUGGCUCAGUGUUACUGUUGGCUGCCCUGAACUAUAUGCCAGUUCAGAAAGUGAUCAGUAUCCUAUUAUCUAAGACACACAAGUAGUGUGUGCUGUGUAUCAUAGAAAUGACAACCAAAGAAAAUUAUCUUCCAAUUUAGUGGAAUGAUAAAUAUGAUUGUGAUUAAAUCAAGCAAACUAGAUGAAUAUUAAAAAUAAAAAACAAAAAAAAAGUGUCAAAUUGUUGUAUCAGCAAUAUUGACUGUAGAUAUAAACUUGAGUCACCUUUCCAUUAAAAUAAGUCUCUUUUACUCUGCCAGAAGAAAACCACAGAAGUUCUGUAUGCAGAUGAAGGUUAUUAUGAUCAUAGUUUACCAAAUCUGACGAAUGAAUGUCUGUAGUGAGUGUUGUCAGGCCAGCAUUGAAACAGUAUUUUCCCUCUGGGAUUUUGAGAGAGAGAGAGAGAGAGAGAGAAAGAGAAAAAAAACAAAAAAACUUGUAGAACUAAAUGAUGAAAGGAAUAAAAUACAUUUUAUAGUAGAAAAACUAUUUCAGGAUUUUAGUGUUAUGAUAAACUAACAUUGGAUUGUUGACAAAUGUAAAUUAAUGCAGCUUACAGACUGUUAAAUGGUGAGUACUCUUCUCAUGAGCGUAGCAUACGAGUACUUAUGGAUAGCAUAAGAGGUAGCCUAAUGCCAGGCUGGAACUCAUGAGUUACAGCCAGAGCUUUUAGUCACAGAUUAAGCUCAUGUUCCAUGUUGUGUCUCCAGUACCAGACAAGAUGCCAGUACCUAUGUGGUAUCUGACAUUCCAGCCUGUCACACAGUUAUCGAGUGCCAUCAUGUAGAUUUGAUCAUUUUCAAAAGACUUGAUUAACAGUUUAAAAUAGAUUGUUUUUAUUGGGGUAAAGGUUAACCUGCAGCCUGGUGCUUUCUGAGCAGAGUCCAGCACAUACAAGGGAGUGAAAGUUCUUGCCCUGCCACAGUUGGUGCCACAGAGGAGGGGUUCCAUCAUGUCAGUACUUGGUAGAUGGAGCAGCAUCUUCUAAUGGCAGUGGCACGUGUUCCCUGGGAAGACAUUUCCCUCGCCGAAUUGUGUGUCGCUUCCCGGGAGGACUGUCACUCAGCACACAAUGUCUGGUGCCUCUCAGGGAGAAGUUUUGCCUCCCUGGUUAUAUCAGGUACCCCCAGCCCCUCCCAUCUACCCUUCCCCACUUCCCCUAGAGAAAGCUAGAAUUCCAACCCCAAUCCGCUGGAAUCAUUAAGGGUAACCCGUGGAGAGUUGCACUUGUCAGGCAGUGUCAGAUGAUCCCUAAGGGAGUUGCAGUGCAGUUCAGUUUAAGGAAAGAAUUAAUCUUGGUGGUGGUGUCUGGUGCUUUUAUUAUAUCCAGUCACCUGGCACUCUGGAGGUGCCCCCUUAGGAGCAUCAUCUCACCAAAUUACUGGCAUUGUCGUGUGAAGUGAUCCCUCCUGUGGAUUUUCCAGUCCUUCCUGGGUAAAGUCCCAGCUCCCUGGCAGUGUGCAUCACUCUCAGGACAGUGUGGGUGGAGUCCCAUAGUCACAUGUAUUUACCUGCUGUGACAGGAGCUCACAUAUCAAAUUGUUGAGUCUGGUGGCGUUAAGCAUUCCAGUGUACAGCAGUGCUGCUUCUCACUUGUGGAUCAUCAUUUAAACGUUCUCAUAACGUUAGCAUCCUGCCAAGUUAUAUCAGCAUUUGCGAGGGGAAUCACUUUGUAACCUCAUUUUCAUUGCACAAGCACAUCAUCGAGUUGUGUCUGUGUACCUCCAGUGUUGCUACUGUAAAAGAGAUUGAUAUUUUGAUUAUUGUCUAGUGAUCUGGCUGGUCGUUAUAAUACAUUUACUCUAUUCAAAUUUAGGAAAUCAAUUUUUUUAUAUAUAUAUAUAUUUCCUGUUCUGUCCUAGGUUUUAAGUCAUUCUUAAGCAUUAGCCAUAGGUUUGUUCACAUCAUAGUUUUUAUUUCUAUGAACUCUAUAUACAAAGAUGUGUUCUCAAAUUGACCAAAAAAUGCUUUGUUUAAAUAUGUACAAUAAGUGACUCAUUGUGUGGGGUCAGUAUGAACUGACAUUAUUACCUGUAUGAAUGAUAGUGCCAUAGUGUGCGGCAAGGACAGCAAACAGUGCCAACGCCAUUGUCGACGUUCUGUCUCAUUGUCUUGCUAGUUGCUCCCUGUUCUUUAUUUUGUUACUUUGCCUUGUUUAGUGUUAGCCACGUGGCUGCCAAGUGGUACUAUGUGUGAACUUAGCGCUAUUCUGUGUCAUGCAGCGUCGAGUGGUGGCAGGAGCAAGAACAAGAUGAGACAAGGGCAAUGAUCCCCCACAAAUAUCAGCACAAAUUACAAAGAGUUUCUCCAGGAAGUAAGCUUCCAAAUUAGCUGGUGCCAGCUUCCCAGCACCACAGUUGGGUGCCAGAUGUACAGCCUAUUGCAUAAUAUCUUCCUUGCCUUGUUUUUUUUUGUAGUCAAGCAGAUAUAAUGAUUUCAUGUUGAAAGAAAAUUAAUAUUUAUUGUACUGAUAUGACUAAGGAAAUUCAUUUUGAAUCAGUAAUAAGGAUUUUUCUUUUUGGCAGUUUUACUGCUGAUAAGUGAUUGCUAUGUAUAGAUGUGUAUGGACUCAAGUUGUCAUUUGGGCAGUUUUGUAAAUUACGAAUUUUCCAAGAAAGUUUUUAUUUGAGUUUCAUGCAGUUCAUAAGAUCAGUGAAGGUCACUUCAUGUGGUAUGGUUUAUUACUUUUCCUUGUUUUCUAUUGAUUUUAUUAUAGUUUUUAAAACCUAACUACCUGCAUAUAUAUUUUUUUUAACAUGAGUGUAGGGACUGGUUAUAUUAUGUAACUUAAACAGCAAAUGCUAGUCAACAUGCCCUGCCCACUCGACAGCAUCAUGUAAAUUUAUUAAUGUAUUGCACUACAUAUUCUUGAAUUCAUUGUAUAAAGUCUUACAGCUAUACAGACUUGUACAGCAUAUGUGACGAGUGAGAGAUUCCAUGUACAGUGGACAGUGAAAGGAGUUUUGAGGGUAGUAUACUCUAUAAUGCAUAUUUGGAUUAGUAUACUACUAACUAUGAAUAAAAGGCAUUUGCAUUUGA